AUGUCUGAAUCUAGCAAUGUCGUCAUGGAUUCGUCUUCCGCCUCUAGCGGAGACAAUUCUAGCGUGGUGAUGGUGACAGACGAGGGCACCAGUGGUUCUGCUGACUCGACCUCACUUGAGGAAGACCCCCCUUUGUAUUGUGGGCAUGGGUAUGUCCUUGCAACCACCCGACCAACGGACGAGAUAUGCCAGUAUACCAGGAGAACAGCUUGCCGCCUCCCCGGAGGUGUUCACUCCCCUUCCGAUCUUUGGGAUCUCCUGGUGAAGCAGGUCUCGGCUCAAGGUCCCGUGCCGCCCGAGAGAUACAACAUUAAUGGCUUCUACGAUGCCAAGGGCAACCGUAGCGGUACUACUAACGUACCAGGCGGCUACUUCCUCGACGAGGACCAGCGCAAGCUGCUCGAGGUUGUGUACAAAUGCCUUAUGAACUCGGGGACUUUAACGGGAGGUGUGGCGGGUUCCAUAACGGGCGUCUACGCUGCCAACUUUUCCGUUGACUACCAGCCCAUUUAG